UAAAAAGAAAGAAAAAUGAGCCAUAAAGAGAAAUGAGAGACCUUCUCUCUCUAUUCACCUUCUGCUAAACUAUUGUAUUCCUCCAUGGAUCCAAGAAUUUCCUUCUCAAAUGACUUUAUUGAAACUCAACAGCCAUUGAAGCUUGAGAACAUCUACAGAGAAGCACCUGUUUCUUCUGAUUUUGAGUUCACUGUGAAGGACAGAAGCAUGAUUCCUGCAGAUGAGAUUUUCUUUCAGGGGAGGCUGCUGCCAUUGAAGGACAGUUCAAGGAAGACAACUUUGAGGGAUGAGCUGAAAGUCAAUGAAGAUGAUGAUAAUGGUGAUGGUGAAAGUUUUCCUAAGCUAACAAAAAGCUCUGCAGGCUGCUGGAGGGAGAGAUUUGGUUUCAGGAGAUCCCAUAUUGGGCCAAAGAAACAGAGUAGAAGUGAAGGGGUUCUCAAAACUGUACCAGAGGAAGAGAAAACUAGUGUGUUUCUUCAUGAGGACCUCAUAAAUAUUGCAAGGAAAAAUGGGAAUUGUUACUUGAAGAAAGCUAACCCACAGAGAUGAGAGGAAUUAUAAAGAGGCAGAGGCAGGAUUUAUAGAGAUGCUUAAAACUAAUGUAAAGCAGAAACAUUAAAAGAUUUUCUUCUGAUUUUCAAGCAAAAAUCAUUGGUUGAGGCUUGAAGAUGCCAUUGUUGGGGAAAGAAAGGAGAAAAUCUAUUGCUUCUCUUUUGUUUGUGACAAGAAAAACCAACCAAACCCCAUGUGAGGGCUCAGGUUGGAAAUUGUAACUUUUUCUUUAUUUGUAUAAAUGGUUUAGAUUUAUUUGAAGAGGUAGCUAGUAGCUAGAUUUUGUCAUGUGUAAUUUCCUUUUGGUGGGUUUUAU